CCGCUCGCCGCGGGGUUUAUUUGGCUCCGGGUCCCUCGGCCGCCGCCAUUAGGGGUCCGCAGCGCCCGCGGCCGCCUCCCACAUCUCACUGCCCCCGCCCCCCGGGGCUCCCCAGCCUCCGCGCCUCCUCUCCGCUCCUCUCCCCCGGCCUCCGGCAGCCGGGAGCCGCGCGCGGACCCUCGGAGACCAUGUCCUGACUGAGGGGAGAGGGCGGAGGCGGCAGCAGCGGGGCGGGCGGCGGCGCGAAGGGAGGCGGAGAGGGGCCGGGCUCGACUCGUAGCCGCGGGCUGCGCGGGGAGUCGCCGCUGCCGCCGCCGCCGCCGCCGCCGCCAAGCGCCCGUCGGACGGGGAGGAGGAGCAGGAGCUGGAGGAGGAGCCGCCGCCGCCGCCAGGAAUAGCUAUUCACAGUCAGACAGAACCACUUAUCACGUUUUGCACUAUCUCCUGAGGAAGUCAGAAUUCUGAGCCAGCAUGAAGACGGAAUCUUGUCUUUGAUCUGAUUUGCAAACCGUACUUUUAUUCUAAUCAUGUGCAAGGUGGAGGUUAUAGCGUGGGAACUAAAAUCUUACUUCCUGCCUGACACAGCUCACUUCAAGAAGUGCACAAUGUCAGAACGUGGAAUUAAGUGGGCUUGUGAAUAUUGUACGUAUGAAAACUGGCCAUCUGCAAUCAAGUGUACUAUGUGUCGUGCCCAAAGACCUAGUGGAACAAUUAUUACAGAAGAUCCAUUUAAAAGUGGUUCAAGUGAUGUUGGUAGAGAUUGGGAUCCUUCCAGCACCGAAGGAGGAAGUAGUCCUUUGAUAUGUCCAGACUCUAGUGCAAGACCAAGGGUGAAAUCUUCAUAUAGCAUGGAAAAUGCAAAUAAGUGGUCAUGCCACAUGUGUACAUAUUUGAACUGGCCAAGAGCAAUCAGAUGUACCCAGUGCUUAUCCCAACGUAGGACCAGGAGUCCUACAGAAUCUCCUCAGUCCUCAGGAUCUGGCUCAAGACCAGUUGCUUUUUCUGUUGAUCCUUGUGAGGAAUACAAUGAUAGAAAUAAACUGAACACUAGGACACAGCACUGGACUUGCUCUGUUUGCACAUAUGAAAACUGGGCCAAGGCUAAAAGAUGUGUUGUUUGUGAUCAUCCCAGACCUAAUAACAUUGAAGCAAUAGAAUUGGCAGAGACUGAAGAGGCUUCUUCAAUAAUAAAUGAGCAAGACAGAGCUCGAUGGAGGGGAAGUUGCAGUAGUGGUAAUAGCCAAAGGAGAUCACCUCCUGCUACGAAGCGGGACUCUGAAGUGAAAAUGGAUUUUCAGAGGAUUGAAUUGGCUGGUGCUGUGGGAAGCAAGGAGGAACUUGAAGUAGACUUUAAAAAACUAAAGCAAAUUAAAAACAGGAUGAAAAAGACUGAUUGGCUCUUCCUCAAUGCUUGUGUGGGGGUUGUAGAAGGUGAUUUAGCUGCCAUAGAAGCAUACAAGUCAUCAGGAGGAGACAUUGCACGUCAGCUCACCGCAGAUGAAGUACGCUUGCUGAAUCGUCCUUCUGCCUUUGAUGUUGGCUAUACUCUUGUACACUUGGCUAUACGUUUUCAGAGGCAGGAUAUGCUAGCAGUAUUGCUUACAGAGGUGUCUCAACAAGCAGCAAAGUGUAUUCCAGCAAUGGUGUGUCCUGAACUGACAGAACAAAUCCGGAGAGAGAUAGCUGCCUCUCUUCAUCAGAGAAAGGGGGAUUUUGCUUGCUAUUUUCUGACUGACCUUGUAACAUUUACAUUGCCAGCAGAUAUUGAAGAUUUGCCCCCAACAGUCCAAGAAAAAUUAUUUGAUGAGGUGCUUGAUAGAGACGUUCAAAAAGAAUUAGAAGAAGAAUCUCCAAUUAUUAACUGGUCCUUGGAAUUGGCUACACGUUUGGACAGUCGACUGUAUGCACUUUGGAACCGGACUGCAGGAGACUGCCUACUUGAUUCAGUUCUACAAGCUACCUGGGGCAUCUAUGACAAGGACUCAGUGCUUCGGAAAGCCCUGCAUGACAGCCUGCAUGACUGUUCACAUUGGUUUUACACACGCUGGAAAGAUUGGGAAUCAUGGUAUUCUCAGAGCUUUGGUUUACAUUUUUCCUUGAGAGAAGAACAGUGGCAAGAAGACUGGGCAUUUAUACUCUCUCUUGCUAGUCAGCCUGGAGCAAGCUUGGAGCAGACGCACAUUUUUGUACUGGCACAUAUUCUUAGACGACCAAUUAUAGUUUAUGGAGUAAAAUAUUACAAGAGUUUCCGGGGAGAAACUUUAGGAUAUACUCGGUUUCAAGGUGUUUAUCUGCCUUUGUUGUGGGAACAGAGUUUUUGUUGGAAAAGUCCGAUUGCUCUGGGGUAUACGAGGGGCCACUUCUCUGCUUUGGUUGCCAUGGAAAAUGAUGGCUAUGGCAACCGAGGUGCUGGUGCUAAUCUCAAUACCGAUGAUGAUGUCACCAUCACAUUUUUGCCUCUGGUUGACAGUGAAAGGAAGCUACUCCAUGUGCACUUCCUUUCUGCUCAGGAGCUAGGUAAUGAGGAACAGCAAGAAAAACUGCUCAGGGAGUGGCUGGACUGCUGUGUGACGGAGGGGGGAGUUCUGGUUGCCAUGCAGAAGAGCUCUCGGCGGCGAAAUCACCCCCUGGUCACUCAGAUGGUAGAAAAAUGGCUUGACCGCUACCGACAGAUCCGGCCGUGUACCUCCCUGUCUGAUGGAGAGGAAGAUGAGGAUGAUGAAGAUGAAUGAAAAAAAAAAAUCAAACAGCAGAAGACCAAGGCAUCAGAUCUGUAAUGACCCUAAAGUUAGUGUGGUGCUCCAAGCAGAGUCGACAUCACGGAAUGAACCAACUCUGGCAGGAUGUGCUCGGGGAAGUGUUUUCCUGGAGCACACACCUUAUGGAGAUAAUGCCUCUGCUGCGCGAGGAGACAGAGAACUUUAGUUGGACUACAGUUUGUAAAACAAAACUAAUUUUAUUAAGACAGAACUUUUUUUCCUUCCAAAUUGUAAAUCUGUCUAUAAAUGUAACGCAUGUGGUUGUGUAAGACAUUGUUUAAUAGGAAAAGUUGUACCAGCAUCUUCAUAUUAUUGAGAAAAUUUUUUCCAGCAUGGGCACUUAGAAAAAGCACAUGGCAGAUGGCUCUUUGUUCCUUUCAGAUAUUAUUUCAGUAGAACCUGGCAUUCUACUUUCACCUUAAAAGAUCCAUCUAAGUCUCAGAUCUGGAAACGUUUUGUACCGAUUAUCCACAGCAAAACAAAAAUAAGCUUUUAUUAAUAAUUUCGUUCCUCUUGUGCCCAAUCAAAUCAAAUCUUCUAGGAACAAACUGCAAGAAAAGCUAAGAAUGUUUUAGAGUGAACUAAAUACAGACAUUGCUUACUUGUUUUGAAGAGGGUUUUGGUUUUGGCUAUUGUGUCUUUAAGUUUUCUGAUAUGCCCCCUUUCGAUAUUUAGAUAUUUAUUUGUUGGGAAGAAUACCUUAAAAUGAGGGUUCUUAUUCCAGAUUCUGGGCAGUGGUCUGUGAGUAGUUUUUUUCCUGGAUGAAAAGGGAGCAAGCCCACUUGUCACUAAAUGAAUUGUGUGAAAUGUGCUCACUUGGACUCCAUCAACAAUGUGCUGCUCCCAGAUUGCCAUGCCAGAGGGUCUUCGGAUUCUUCCUUCUAUCACCUCUGCUCUAAGCAAAUCUUGUUAGAAGGGCAUGCCUUUGCUUAGGCAGAUUGGGAAUACCAAUUCACUACAGAAUAAAGAUUUUAAAAAUGCAAUAAGGUGGCAAAUGCAUUGUAUGAAGAAUUUCUCAGUGUUUAGUCUGAGAAUUUUUGCAUGUUGGUUAAUUGUGGCCAUUCUUAUUUAAAGUUAAAACUAUAAUCUUAGGUAGAAAAACUUUUUUAUAAGAAGUAUUAUUUGACCACUUCAGGUAUACAUUCAAUACUGGGUAAAAAUUUCAGACCUAUCUCAGGAACACAGAAAUAUUUGGUGUCCUGAUAAGCACUUUCUAGACUAUUGAUGUGGCCAGGAAUUUGGAAAGAUGACACACACACACACACGUAUAUUUUUUUCCUUCCCUGUGAUGAAAAAGGCUGUGAAAACCUUAAAGUAUUUGCUUGCUUCUUGUUUUGUUUAGUUGAUAAUGAAAUGUGUACAACCUCAAAUUUGCUGCCAGAAUACUAAAAAUAGAAAAAUACCCACAAAACUGUCAUGUCUUUAGUUCUUUCCCCCCGAAAACUCAGUAAAAAGGUGCUCCCAGGAUGAAAAGAUCAUUUUUUGCUGCAUGCUAAAUCUUGCAGGAAAAAUGAUUUUUUAGUACGAUUUUGUAGAAAUGAAUCUUUGAUAUAAUGUAAAUGCUGCUGUUUCAAGUGGUGAAUGUGUUGUUAGAAAUUGGCUGUUUGCUUUCAUUUUGGCCAAUAAGUAAUCAAGUUUGUAGAAAAUGUUAGCAUUCUGACUACUUAGCAUCUGUAGUAAUUUAUUUCUCUAUGUAUAGGGAUAAUUUUUUAGUGGGCAGAGAUCCUGUUCUAGUUGCCUGUUAAGCAAAAUCUGCACUCCCAAUUGAAAAAGCCAAAGAGAAUUGUUAAGAGGGAAAAGCAUGUAGCCAUUGCAGUCUGCAUUGCAGCCAGCGUUGUCCAGAGAGUACACGCUCAGCACUUAGCUUCUACUGUGUGUUGUGGUCUGGUGAGUGUUGUUUCCCCUGAGCACUCUAUUUAUUUAUUUAUUAUCAGUGACCCUGACCACAUAGUGUGAUAGGUGCAGCAUUCUUCCCUGUGGGAAAGAAUUAAAGAUGGUUCCAUUUCCUAGGCUACAGACAGGAAUGGGGCUCUAAAUGGUUUUCAUAGACUGGCUGUUAAAGGCCAAAAAUUUUGGUAAAUCAAUCAAUGCUAUAUUAUGCUCUUGAACUAUUAAAACAGCCAUAAUUAAUUAUUGUCCCAAGAUAGAUAGAAUAUAGUCCUUUUUCAAAGAUGACUAUACGUGGCUAGGUGACAGACAUGAAUGACUGACUCUGGAGAGUAAGUCAUACCUUCCCUCUGUGGACUUGACAGUUCUUUUUCUAGAGCAAACAGAGCGUGGCAUUUUGUUUUGACUUGUUCUUCCUUGGGGUCAAAUUUAUAUAUAUAUAUAUAUAAAUUUUUGUUUGUUUGGGCAACCAAGAUCUAAUAAUUAAAACCCAGGUGGACCAUGGAUUCAGACCUGCCUUUUUAUGUUUUUGACUCUUAGGUUCAUCGUGUCCCAGACUUCUUCACAUAUUCGUGAAGGUAAGAUAUUCUGUGUGCGCUUGGCCUCCUUUUCACGCAUAUUUCAUUGCCUCUUUGAUGAGUGGUUACGAAGACGUUAAACUACCUUUUUGUUCCCUGGGGUAAUAGGUCAGUAACUAUGAGCACCGUCUCUCUCCAUGUGAGCUUGUGUUAAUAGACACUUUUAUGGUAGAGUUGGGAUGGGGCCACCACCUUAAAAUGAGUGAGCAGACAAGGCCAGGCAAGCCAAAGGCUUUAAGACACCAUGAUUUUUUUGUUUUGUUUUAAUUGGGAAGGGAAGUAUAAGGAAGAGCUCAGAGGGAGUUUCAUACCUGGAAUUGUUGGACUUAAUUGACACUUGCAAAUACUUUUAGUAUAAAGGUUUAAUUCUAUUUAAAAAGAAGAUCCAUUAAAUCAAGCUCUUAACUCAUGGGACUAUUUGCAACACUUCUUUGUAAAUAUCAUUUUGUUUGUUAGGUUAUUGGCAAAACAGUUUCAAGGUUCACUUCCCUCCCUUGAACCAGGUCCAGGUCAUUUUGCUUUGGGGUAGAUUAAAGUCAGAACUCUAAAAGUUGAGCAACUUUGUUUUUUUUUGAAUUGAUUUAGCACUAACCCACCAUUACAUCUUAAGGAUGGCAUGACUUGAUAAUGAUGGACUUGUGUGAGGUUUUGAUUUUUCAAUUAAACUUUUUGUUAUCACAGGUAA